CUUGGACCGUCUGUGGGCACUUUGCUGGAACCCUGCGACUGGACUUGAACCUAAUAUUGGAACUCAGUUACAGCUCCUCCUUGUCAGUGUCACAUUUCCUUGUCCCUCCGGAAGAAGGAAUUGAGGCCACCCUUCUGCAGCUGGUGCUUCUGGAGCUGAGCUGGAACUGGUGACGACAGACUGAAGAAGCCAACGAGGCAGCCUGGGCCUGUGCUGCGACCACCUCUCUCCCCAUCUCCUGGAGGUGCAGAAUGACUCUCUUUGAUGGCGUCUACCCCUUCUACCCGCAGCAGAGGAAGAGCUUUGUGUUCGAUGUCAGCACCAUCAUUGUGGUUAUCGUCUUCCUGACGCUGGCUUCCACCUUCCUGCUCAUCAUCCCGGGCAUCCGUGGACGGGCGAGACUGUACUGGAUGGUCCGUGUUCUCUUCAGCUUGAUGGUGGGAGUAGUGAUUGUUGUUGUCCAGUUCACGGGGGACUGGGAGAGCGGCUGGGUGACAGCCAACACCUCCUACAAAUCCUUCAGCCUCGCCGUGGUGAACGCGGACAUCGGGCUGCACGUCGGCCUGGCAGGGGUGAACAUCACACUGGUGGGAAACCCAGUGAAUCAGGUCAACGAGACCAUCAACUACAACGAGCACUUUGCCUGGAGCUUCGAUGCAGACUACGACCACAGCUACAGCGAAGGCCUGGAGAAGGGGCUGCCCAGCCCCAUCCUCUACGUGGCGGAGAAGUUCACCACACACAGCCCCUGCAACGUGCACAGGCAGUACCGCAUCUCCAGCCACUACGCAUCAGCCAGUCUGUGGGUGGCCUUUUGCACUUGGCUCAUCUCCAACAUGCUCUUCUCCAUGCCUGUCCUAGUCUACGGAGGGUACAUGAUCCUGAUCACAGGGGCCUUCAUGAUCUUCUCACUGCUCUCCUUCUCCACUGUGAGGAACUCCCUGGUGUGCCCAAUCCAGUUUGGGACCACAUCCCUGCAGAUAGGCUAUGGGGGAUCUUUCUGGCUCACACUAGCAGUUGGCUUGCUCUGUUUUGUGGCUGGGAUCACUGUUGUUGCACUGCACUACUUCAACUCUGACCUACUGAAAACUUUCUUUGAUCUCCAUGUGGACAAAGCAGAGGACUAUCGAGAGAUGACUGAAGUGUAUGUCAACCUUCGGUUCAUGAACAGUACUCUGUCUCCUCCUCAACCCUACAAACUUACCCCUGAUGACAUCUAGAAGAAAAGUUUUCCUACUCCUUACCUGAAGGCAGGACUAAGAACACAGAGCACAGACCCUUCCUGAUGUCUCUUGACACUCAUCUACCCAUCUAGGGGACUUUGAAGAGUGCAUAAGUCCACGUUAGGAUGAGGACUUGCUCAGAACUGCCUUUGCAAUCCCUGAUUUCCUCUCUAGGACAAGGACAGCUUUGCAGUGAGCCAGCAGGCUGCAGGCAGUAUAGCUCAGACCUCCAGCAACCUGAGCUGCACACUCAGCUGGUUGAGGAGUAGCCCCCACUCCUGCUCUAUGCCCUGCCACAGCUUGGUGCAGGGGGUUUCUGAUGGCCAGUUCCCAUACCAGUGGGUGAGAUUUCCCAUAGUGAUUUCUCUUUGAGGAUGCUCACUACUCCAAUAGCCAGCAAUCAAACACGCUCAGUCUUUCUUUUCCCAAGCACUGACGUCUAGUGUAGACCUUCAGAUGUUCCUAGGAAAGCCAGGCACAGACCCAAACUCCCUCAGGCUGGAUGCUGUGUGAGCCAGAGUAUAAAAGAUGGCUACAGAAUUAAAGAUUAAGUAAACAUACUGAGGAGCUUGCCAGGGGGAAUGUGGUGAUGUGAUUAUUUUCACUUUCAGACUUGGGUUUUAUUCGAUAAGAAUUGUAGCCUAACACGGGCCAAAAAGAUGUCAUGGGAAAGACGGGAGAGAGAAGAGUGCAAUUACACCCAUUCUCUUGGAUGGGCUCUAUUCAAGUGGAGCACACUUGGGCUGGCUGUGCUUAUCACAAAAUGCAGCCUUGAGUCCCACCAGUGGCAUUCUUCCAUGGGGUGGCUGCCCUGACGGAGGCAUCCCCAGAAAGGAUGA